CAUGACGUAGAGGACGUGAGUGGUUGGAGUAGCCGUCCGAUUCCUUUGGAAAAUUGGUGGUAUGAAGACAUUCCACUAAGCCCCACGACGCAAUGUAAUCGACUGAAAGGUGUCAAGAUAUUUUUGUACAAAAAUCCGUUCAAUCUCGCUACUGCUUCGAGUCGUUUGGGUGCACGUUGAAACUUAAAGGCCUGCUUUGUUAGCCUAGCCUAGUUUAGCAGCUAGCCUAGUUUAGCAGCUAACAAAGAGAAUCAAGGCGCCUGGGAUAAACACGUCGCCGAGCAAGCAAACAUCAAGUCCCAAAAUGUCAGAUGUUAGUCAAGGGCGUCGUCCUGAACGCCAGGAGUCUCCUCGCAUGGAGGAAGAGUCGCCAUCCAGGGAGAAGGUGAAGGAAGAAUUUGUCCACAUUAAAGAGGAGCAGGAGGACUACUUCACUAGUCUGCAGAACCCUCACAUUGAGGAGCAGCAGCAAUCUCAACCCCUCAAAAAGGAGGAGGAGGACCCUCCAUAUGUUAAAGUGGAGGUGGUGAACCUCCCCAAGUGGACUGGUGAGCCCUUAAAGGGUGAAGAUGGAGGUCCGAGUGAGGCCAGCAGAGGGGCGGAGCUUCUGAGUGGCAGCAGUUCAAAAGAAGGAUUCCAAGCAGACAACCUCAUCGCUCGACCAUCAGAGAGUGAAGACUUCACAACACACUCGCUGUUCUGUUUCAGAAAAUAUCUUGGUGCUGAGCCAGAAUCUCCUGGCGUGAAAGAGGAGGUUGAGCUCCCUCAAAUCAAAGAGGAGGAGCCAAAGCCCUGUCAACAGAAGCAACUUCCAAUCAAAAAGGUGGAAAAAGAGCUGCCAUGCGUUAAAGAGGAGGAAAAGGAGGAGCAUAUCACCAGGUCGACUGGUGAGCCCUUGAGGAGUAAAGAUGGUCCAAGUGAGGCAGGCAGAGGGGCGGAGCCUCCCAGCGGUAGAAGCUCAACAGAAAGAUUGCAUCCAGACCUUUUCAUCGCUACUUCAGACACAAAUGGCACAACGUCACACUCACCUUACAAUGAUGAUGGUCACAAGACAUCUCAUGGUGACGACAAACUCUGCAAAUGCUCUCAGUGUGGGAAAACCUUUGCUAAGAAGUAUAAUUGUCAAAUCCAUAUGAGGAGCCACACUGGUGAAAAAACUUUUUCCUGCUCAGUUUGUGGAAAAGGUUUUCUUUAUGCAGGAGACUUAACAAAACACACAAGAACACACACUGGCGAAAAACCUUUUUCCUGCUCAGUUUGUGGUCGAAGAUUCAGUCACAAGAACAACUUUAAACAACACACAAAAACCCACACUGGCGAAAAACCUUUUUCCUGCUCAGUUUGUGGAAAAGGUUUUCUUUAUUCAGGAGACUUAACAAAACACACAAGAACCCACACUGGCGAAAAACCUUUUUCCUGCUCAGUUUGUGAAAAAGGUUUUGUUUAUGCAGGAGACUUAACAAAACACAUAAGAACCCACACUGGCGAAAAACCUUUUUCCUGCUCAGUUUGUGGUCAAAGAUUCAGUCACAAGAACAACUUAAAACAACACACAAGAAUCCACACUGGCGAAAAACCUUUUUCCUGCUCAGUUUGUGGUCAAAGAUUCGCUCAAAAGCAAAACUUACAUAGUCACAAUAGAACACACACUGGGGACAAACCUUUUUCCUGCUCAGUUUGUGGAAAAGGUUUUGUUCUGGCGGGACACUUAACAAAACACACAAGAACCCACACUGGUGAAAAACCUUUCGCCUGCUCAAUUUGUGGUCGAAGAUUCGCUCAAAAGCAAAACUUACAAAGUCACAACAGAACACACACUGGUGAAAAACCUUUUUCCUGCUCAGUUUGUGGUGAAAAAUUCAAUCACAAGGGAUCCUUAAAACGACACACAAGAACCCACACUGGCGAAAAACCUUUUUCCUGCUCAUUUUGUGGGAAAGGUUUUGUUCAUGUAGGAGGCGUAACAAAACAUACAAGAACCCACACUGGUGAAAAACCUUUUUCCUGCUCAGUUUGAGGAAAAGGUUUUGUUUAUGCAGGAGACUUAAAGCGGAAAUGUGAAGUCAUGUCAUAACAUGCCAUAUAGGGUCACAAUUAAAGUAAUUAAACAUUGUCUAACAAAUAAAGCAUGAAAAAAUAAUUUAUAUGUUGUAUAUUUGACAAAAUAAUCGCGUUUCUGAAGUUCGAGCCUGAAAGGGGACGAACCCGGAUGUGAUGCGUAAUACCGAGAACAGCAAGGAAGCGCUCCAUACGGCCGCCAUACAAACCCCUUCAAACAAUGAUUCAAACAGCGAUAUAAACGAUAGAUCGAGCGCAAUGGAGGAGAUCCAAGUUUUUGAAGAGUUGGAGGAAGAAGAGGUUGGAAUCUUAUGUUGGACCUAACAUGUAUUAGCCAGACGCUAAUCAGGAUGCAAACAAUGUGCCUAGACUACCGGACAUGGAAUGGAGACAAGACCCAUCGAGAUUACAUGAUUGGUAAGAUAUAGGCUGUUAUUAUUUUCAUUAUUUGAAGAUGCAGACAUUUGCACAUGAUUUUAUAUUUUUGUCUAUCUGAUGACAUUUUUUCAAAAAAAUAAUCAGACUGCAUGUUCAUUUUGGCAGAUUCGGCAGCUCUCGUGUCUAUAAAAUAAUAUAAAAACAUUGGGGGGAAAUAAGGAGAUGAGUCGUUGAUGGCUUUCUGCACUUUAUUGUGGCAAUAAUAAGAAAACAAAAUAAUAGCGGACUGCCGCCACAUUCGACCGCAAAGUUUUGCUCCUCGCUCAUCUCCGCCUCGCCUCGUACUACCAGCUACUACUACUUCCAGUCCCAGCGUCUCUUAAACGGAUCGUGCAUAGUGUCUUGUUAUGAGCUUUUUGUUGACAAAGGUAUCAAACACACGACGUGCUGACAACUUUGUUUCUUUAUUAACACAUGGAGCUAACAGUAGCUGGGGCUCUCGGCAGGAAGUGGCGUCUAAUAGCGUGAGGAAAUGUAGUUUUUUUCACCCAAGCAAACAGAUUACAAAGCACCACUUCUGUGUUGUCCCGAGACUACAUUUCCCAUGAUUCACUGCAUGACUUGAGCCGCUAGCUGAUUCGCUGCGAGAUUGACUCAAUGUCAACACGCUCGUUGUCACCUGUCAGCGGCUCUCGCGAAACACAAACUAGAAGGCUCUCAAGCGAUCACCGUGAAAGAAACGCCGAACCGUACAAAUGUAAUGCAAUGCUUGAAGCAUGAAGGUGGAAAUACAUAAUACAAAUACAAAUAAAUGUGCACAAACUCACCGGCGGUGUGUGUCUCUUACGGCAACGUGACCGUGAAUUACCGCGACGCCGACCCGCUUAUAUGUACAUGCACACCCCUUUCCCGAUUGACAGUGGAUUAACCCUUUCGGACAAGAUCGUAGAUGACGCCCAAUUUAAACACGCUUAGGCGCCAAGGUCACAUUUGACAGCAUUCUGCCGCGGUCCUCCUCGCCAGCUGUUUGCCUGCCAUUCACGCUCGUUUGCAUUUGAUCGCUACUCUGAUACACUCCCGCUUUUUUGGUGAGGUCUUUUGUGUUUAUUCGUUAUUGGAUCGUUUUUGUUCACCACUGUAAAUAAGAGCACUGAAGCAAGUAGGGGUAAGUUGCCAUUUCUGUUCAACCCGUUUUCUUCUGUUUUGUUUAGCGUAAGAAGCUAGGUUAGUGGUUGUCUUUGUUAUUUUUCAUGAUCAGGGUUGAGUAUGCGGGUGGGGGUCAAGUGUAGAUUCCUUUUGUUUGUUGUUUUGGCCAGGGCUUACCCUGAAGUCGCGCUUCAUCCACAUUUUGUACAUAUUCAUUGCAAGUUUGUUGUGUAAAUAAAUUUGUGCCACUUGUGAAAUUGUGUGGCUCGUUUUAUGUUACACCCUUUGCGAGCCGUCCUUGGGACGUAACACUAGCGAACACAACAACAACUAUGCCACGACUAUUGCCACGAGUUGGCUUUCGGCUAACGUCGCUAGCUUCUACUGCACAUUCCACAACAGUUGGUAGCUCUGCUUUGACAAAGUCAUCAGUCAUCUAUCCAAAAAUUACACUUACUUUUUGGCAAAUCCUUGAUUAUAAGCAGACCGGUUAAGGAAGCGGGGGUCUUCGAAGUGUUUGCAGCAGAGAACAAUACUCGAUGAUGGCGUGACUGCUAUCCUUUGGCCUUUCAUACAACUUUUCGUUUGAGUGAGAACAAAACAUCGCCACACACCACCGUGGCAUCUUAACGAGAAGCAAUGCAACAAACAAUACUGUUCUAUGGCGGACUUCCCUCGCACUUCCCGGUAUGACGUAAUUUCUGAAGAUUGCCGAAGAAAAGCAUUUUCGUUGUCAAGGGCGUUGCCAUGGGUUAAACAAAGAAUCUGGAAGGGUUGCUUAAAAAAAAAAAAUAACGAAAAUAUCCUUAUAACUGUUUAGCCGUUGAUAUUAUUCAAAAACAUGGUUGGCUUACCUUACUUUACAUUACUGCUUUUACAAGACACACAAGAACCCACACUGGCACAAAACUUUUUUCCUGCUCAGUUUGUGGAAAAGGUUUUGUUUAUGCAGAAGACUUGACAAAACACACAAGAACCCACACCUUUUUCCUACUAAGUUUGCGGCCAAAGAUUCUCUAAGAAGAGAAACCUAAAACAACACACAAGAAUCCACACUGGAGAAAAACAUUUUUCCUGCUCAGUUUGUGGUCAAGGAUUCACUCUGAAGUAGACAUGUGCCGGUUACCGGUUUCACCGUUUACCGUGGUGUGAAAACGUUGUGGUUUCAAAACCACUAAAAUGUUCCGUCAUACCUUAGUACGGUAUUCGCUAUUUUUCAUGUGGCAAAAUGCAGCCGAAGUGGCUUGGUGUGGCAGCGCUCACCCUUCCCUUGUUUGUUGCCGUGACUGUCAGUGACGCUAUCGGUCUUUGUCAGGUGACGUAACGCUGUCAAAAGCCGCAGUGCAUUGUGGGUUGAAUCGCCAUUUUGAGUGCACACUUAUUGUAAACAACUGAGCAGUGAGAAUCGUCUUUGCUUUCAUCAUUGUCUUUGAUAAAUGGGACACUCGUGUUGUUUGAAAGGCUGCCAUACUAAAUCACACGACAAAAAUGGCAGCAAAGUUGACCACGACGUAAGAUUUUUUUGUUUUCCCUCUUGGAAAAGAGGUCAUAGCAGGUUGAGGAACUACCGAAGCGGCGUCAGAUGGCCUGGGUCGCAGCGGUGAAACGACUUUCUACACCAUAUCUCCCUUCCUACGUGUUUGCUCUCGGCAUUUUCAUAAAGGCAAGUCAGUUUUUUUCAAAGUGUUGAUACUGAAUAUGCUGUUUUUUUGCUUUCUAAAGUCGCUAUUUUCUCAUUGGCUAACCUUAGCUAGCUAGCCUCACUUGUAAACUACAGGCAAAGAGGGAGGGCAGUUGAAAUGGGUUAAUCGGUACGUAAUAAAUCAGUGUUUAAUUUAUUCAGUCAUCGUUUAUAAAAACAUUAUAGAGUGAAUGAUUUGAAAGAUAAAGGUAAACAGCAAAAAUGCACAGAAAUAUUUAUCAAUGCGUGAGAUUUACUUUUGUGAUCUGAGAGAUAUGAUGGGAUGGUAGCAUGUCUGAUUAAGUGUUUAUGAUUGUGAAAUGCCAUGGAAAUAUCCAAUCUUACCUAGCUUUCUAAAUAAAACCUGUGAUUGCAGGUGAACCAGCUUAUGAAAUGAUGGAGACUGACCCAGACUGGGCACCAUCCCUACACCUGGGACACACAUCUGUUACACCGACAAACACUGCACGCUCUACAGGAUGAAGUAGGCAUGAGCAGCUACGGAAAGAGACACUGCAAGCACCAGAGAUGGGGGUCCAGCAGGAUGCAAACAUUGAAGAGCUGCAGACCAAGGAGGGACCAUCUGAGCCUGGUGAAAUAAACAGUCACCAACAGAAUGAGGAGGGGACACCUGACGCUGGAGAAGAAAGUGGUCAACUGCAGACUGAAGAGGGGACACAUGAAGCUGGAGAAGAAGGUGAUAAGCUCAUCACAGAGGAUGAGACGCACAACACCAAUCAGGAUGUGACACAGACUGUGAUUAUUGACUGUUUUGAAAUUUUCACAGAAAACCCGUCAAAUCUGAAAGCACGUGCCCAAAUGUUUUCCAGCUACAAGCACCACCACACUAUGAAGUAUUUAAUAUGUAUUACACCCAAGGGAGCCAUUUGUUUCUUAUCAAAAGGCUGGGGAGGGCGUACAAGUGACAAACAUAUAACCCUGGACAGUGAUUUUUUUGGAUAAUUUGUUACCUGGGGACAUUGUCUUGGCUGACAGAGGUUUUGACAUACAAGAAUGUGUAAGCAUGUAGUGUUCAAAUGUCAAACUCCUAGCAUUUACAAAAGGCCGCUGUCAGCACAUUUGAGAAUCCAUGUUGAAAGGGUCAUCGGAAAUGUUUGUCAUAAGUAUAAGAUCUUAACAGGAACCAUACCCAUAAACAUGAUUCUUCCAUGUGAAGGUGAAGAAGCCACAAUGUUGGAUAAGGUCACUUUCUGCUGUGCCCUGAUAAGCAAUUGCCUAACAGUAGUAUAGCACAAUUUUCUUUUCGUAGUUUUUGUACAAGCAGUUUAUUUUUAUACGUUUGUAGAUGACUUAAACCUGUUUAAUAAAGUAUGUCAGUGACAAUUUUGAAGUCUUGACUCCUUGCCUCUCUUAGGUACGUAAAACACAAGUGUUGGUUUUGAUAAUGAAAAGUACUUUUUUUGUUUUUUUUGUUUUUACUAAUUACAUUCAAACAAUUUUGUGGAAAUAAACACUGAAUAGGAAAUACAAUGUUUGCUAACAAAACGAGAUGUUUGACAGGUUUACUUUUUUUGGAUUUAUAAUUUUGACUAAAAUUCUCAAUCAAAACACAGCAGCAGCACAAUGGUAAAUAGAAAAUAGCAAUACAAGGAAACAUAAAACAUGUGCAUAUGAAGUAAAAUAACACUAGUUGUAGAAUAACGUGUUCAAGUAAAUUUGUCCCACUUCACAUGAUAAGUCCUGCAUUGAGAGAAUUGCACAUCUUUGCAUGGCAAUGUCAACACUGAAACAAUAUAUUGUGCAAUAUACAUGAAUUUGCAUGACAUUAUGACAGUUCCUUCACCUGUUUUAGUCGUGAUGUUUAAGAUGAUAUUCAAGGUACAAUUCAAGUUCAACAAUGUUCAAGUAAGAGCUGUAUCAUGUUUCUGAGAGGAGCAACGAGAGUGACGACUGUGUUGUCGCAGUCCUGCGGUCGAAAUGCGGUGAUCCUGCACCGAGCCAUUCGUUAAAUGUCCGUGAGCUUCGAGAGAUUUAUAGUUUUUAAAAUGUAAGCGCUGAUACCGUAAAUGAGGGACUUUUUUAUAUCCAGCGAUGAAGUUGGAGGCAGUAAUGUGACGUCGGAGCUACUCCUGUUCUGGUUUGUUUACAUCCGUAGUACACUCAAAAUGGCGCAUGGGGGCGUGUCCGCUAGUUUGGGCACGUGACUGACAAAGACCGAUUCUGCUAAACAGCCAGCAAACCCCAAAAACAAACCCUCUAAACACAAGGCGUACUUUUCUUCAAUUUAUUGAGCUCUCAAAUCGUGGUAAAAUAUACAAAUUAAUACAUUUAAAACGUUGUACAAUUGUAUUUUUCCACGUGUGAUUAGGUCCAACAGGAUAGCAGUAGUACCAUUAAAAGGUUCGCCAAAAAUCAAAACACACAUUUUCCUUUCAAAUUCAAUAUACAAACUAACUAAAACUUACAAAGACGAAUGUUAGCCUAGGCUAAGCUGGGAGAGCAGCUUCGUCGAGGUUUUAUGUCUCACAGCCGCUGAGUGAGAAACAAGCUUGAACAAAGGGGGGAAGAAAAAGGAACCGCGUCAAAGAUCACUAAUUGAGAAAGGAGGUCUCACUCCUCACUUUUUUUUUUAGAUGAAACCUUUGCUUAACAAUAUUUACAUUUUAACUAAUUUAUAAAACUAACUUAAACAUUUUUUACUAACUUAUUAACUUAUGAAUUCUUUGUUCUUUUUAACACAAAGGCAUGGCAUCAUGUAGACUAGAGUUGACACAGUGGCUGAAAAUGGCGAAACUUCACUUGAGCUUCCCCCGCUCAAAAAAGUCAUACAGUAUAUAUUUUUUUAUUUUAUUUAGAAGUGUUUUUACUUUUUUAUAGCAAUUCUUUCUUUCUUACUCUAAUAUUGAGCAACUUGAGCUGUGGCUGUGGGUAUAGUCUAGGUUAUAUUUAUCUUUUUAAUAUAAAAUAUUUGUUAUUUUUUGUUUAUUUAUUUUCACAUUAUAUUCAUGUUCCAAUUUGAAAAUAUGUUUUGAAAAAAAAUCCUGUUCAAUGGGGAAAAAAAUUUUU